AUGUUGGGUGUCGACCGGUACGACGUUGUGGGUGUGACGUGUGUCCCGUUCGCCGUGUGCCGGGCUCGGGCCGAGCUGCUGCAGGCGGUUGCGUGGCGUUUCCUGCUGCGGGACGAGGGUGACGCGGCGCUGGAGGCGCUGGGAACGUGGCACGAGGACGAGGAGCCGCCGCCGGGCGCCACCGACAGCUGGGCCGAGGGGUCGGUGCCCGUCCUGAGCGCGUGUCCCGCCCCGGAGCACGGACAGGUCUCCAGCACCGACGCAGACGCCGUCCCGUCCGAGGAUGAGGGUGGCGGUGUGUCAGCGCCUUCCCCCUGGUCGCUGUCCCAGGAUGAGGAGCUCGAUGCUUUCAUGGCCUCCGAUGGAGCAUCGUGGCUUUGUGGGGGCAGCUCCCCUGAGCCAGCCCCGCUGCGAGACCCACCCAGGGCCCCACCCAACACGGCCCGGCCCCGGCGCCUGCCGAGCAUCGAAAACCCAAAGCAACAGGAGUGGACGGAGGUCGGUGGUGAAUCAGGAUCCAACAGGCACAAAACGCCGCAGCUUCUCUCCUGCAGCGACCUGUUAAAGAUCUGGGCAUGGAGUUCUCGGUGCAGUGAGCUGAGGGCACGUGGCAGGCGCAUCAUCGCCCCGCGCACCGCUCGGCUGCCCCCCCUCGUGCAAUGGAUCCAGCCCCAGGUGGAGGUGUUGGACCCGGGCACUGAGACCAAGCAGCGGCCACGUCCCCCCCGGCGCCGGCGGGAGCCGCGUGGCCCCUCCGGGCAAAAUAUGGGACCGGGUGGCUCAUGGCCCCCCCGAGGAAUGGCGGCUGUGGGGGCACCGCGGCUCCUCCCGCCCAUCGUGGGGGCCGAGCAGCCCAGCAGCUCCGAGUCCCUGGUGCUGGGCUCCUCACUGGACACCGUCCAGCUGGCGCCUGGUGUCACCAUCAGGUACGGAGGCAGUGAGGGGCUCUGCGUCCCUGUGCACAGAGUGGAUGCAGACUAGGAGAUGGGAGAGGCCAAAGCGAUGUGAGGCCCCUCCGCUCCACUGCGCCCUUCACUGCCAUCACAGACAAGUCACCAGUGACGGCAGACCCUGAAUACAGCACAUCCCAGCA